AUGACUCAAUGGUCCAGUUAUCUGUUGGGAUGGACGACCUUCCUCCUCUACUCCUAUGAGACAAGGGGGGAACUGAGAGAGAACUGUGUCUUCCCUUUCACUUACAAGGAGUCUGUUUACUUCACUUGCACCAAAAUCAACAGCUUCCUCCCUUGGUGUUCAACCCGAGCGUUUUACGACGGCAGGUGGAAAUACUGCAUGAUUGAAGAUUACCCACGUUGUGUCUUCCCCUUCAUCUUUCGUGGAAAGAGCCAUAACAGCUGCAUCUCAGACGGCAGCUUCAUAGGAAAGAUGUGGUGCUCAGUCACAUCCAGCUUUGAUGAGAAGCAGCAGUGGAAGUACUGUGAGAUGAAUGAGUACGGGGGAAAUUCUUUCAGCAAGCCCUGCAUCUUCCCCUCCAAGUACAGGAACAGUGUGAUCACAGAAUGCCUUGAGAAUGAAAGCAACAAGCUUUGGUGCCCAACCACAGAAAACAUGGAUAAAGAUGGAAAGUGGAGCUUCUGUGCAGACACAAGAAUGUCCUCAUUGGCACCUGGUUUUCCCUGCCACUUCCCAUUCAAUUAUAAAAACAAGAAUUAUUUUAACUGCACCAGCAAAGGAUCAGAAAAAAACCUCUCGUGGUGUGCAACUUCCUACAACUAUGACCAGGAUCAUACCUGGGUAUACUGCUGAGGCUGAGGUGAGAGCCAAGACCGAACUGGGGUGCACCUCUGAUGUGCAGGUGACAGAGGUAGCACAUCUAGCUGUGUCACUGAUAGGAAAGUGAGAUCUGUUCUUCCCAGCAUGUCUGAUCAACUGAGGUUCCUAGCAAGGUGGGCUCUACUUUCUAAAAAUAAGCUAAGGUAGGGAAAAUACAAGAACACCUUCCAAAAUUAGAAGGCUAGAAGGAAUUAGGAUUUUCCUGCAAAGCAAGAGAGCAGAACGAGGAUGACAAGGCUUUUUCAAACACCAAAAAGUAUCAUUCCAAAUUGCAGACAUGGGAGGCUUUAGGUGUGAAAGAUUAGAAAAGUAGAAUUUCUCAAACAGAAGGUGAUACAAAAAGACAAACUGGAAAAGGGGACAACCUGGACUUCCUGGCCCCCAGAAGGCCUGCCAUCAUGUUCCUAAUCCAUUACCACCAUUUGGGUAGCUGACCAAAGAAAAGGUGUAGGUUUAAUUUGCUUCCUUUAUCCCUUGAGGUCCCUUCCCAACCUUAGCCAAUACGUCACCCACUAUCUCUACAAGAUCAAAUUCAUGUCCUUUUCUCCCAGUCUUUUCCUGCUAGCUCCGCCCCUGGGUUAG